GACGCGGUCGUUUGUGUUUGAGGAAGUGCAAGUGGCGAGGAACCGCACAAGACACACAAGUUAGACUUGAUCAUUACUUGACAUAUCAGGCAGAAUUUACUAUCACUUCAUUUAUUAUACAAAUUACAUUUAUUGUGGAGUUUAAUCGGCGUUGCGUUAAUGUGAUCGUGCCUGAGUGAUUGACAGACGUCUUGAAGUGAAACGUGAGAGAACAGACCUAUGCCACGGGAUGCAGACCAGCGGUUUUCUGUGUGUUCUUCUCAUCUGGACCGGAUUAAGCGCUGCCCUGCCAUCUGGAAAUGGAACAGAGUCUGGUGGUGAUACGACUCCUCUUCUUCUGGUGUCGUUCGAUGGCUUUCGAGCCGACUACCUCAAACAUUACUCCUUACCUAACCUAGAGAAGUUCUUCUCGUCUGGUUUGCUCGUACAUGAACUGACCAACGUUUUCACAACUAAAACCUUUCCCAACCAUUACAGUCUGGUCACGGGCCUGUACGCCGAGAGCCACGGCAUUCUGGCCAGCAUGAUGUACGACCCGGCGACGAAGAAGAAUUUCUCCGUUCAAAACGACAGCGAUCCGUUCUGGUGGAACCGAGCCAAACCCAUCUGGGUGUCCGUGGAGGAAGCCGGAUACAGAGCAGCGUCGGCCAUGUGGCCGGGGUCGGAUGUAAAUAUUCAAAAUCACACGUUAGAAUACUCGUUCAAGUACGACUCUCGGGUGAGCUUCAGAGAGAGGCUGGGAAACCUGACGCGAUGGAUGACGGAGAACAGAGCCGUGAAGUUUGCUGCUCUGUACUGGGAGGAGCCGGAUCGCAGCGGUCAUCUGUACGGGCCGGAGAACACCACAGAGAUGAGUCGAGUUCUCAAGGAGGUGGAUGAUCUGGUGGGUUUAUUGAUGGAACAGCUCAACACAACUGGAUUAUGGGGGAAAAUAAACGUUAUCAUCACGAGUGAUCAUGGUAUGACCCAAUGUUCUGAAGAGCGUCUUAUUGUGCUGGAUAAGUGUGUCAGUCCAGACAGUUACAGGCUGGUGGAUCUCACUCCUGUGGCCGCCAUUAUACCACUCACAGAUAAUGUGACGGUCUAUAAAAAUCUGUCGGGCUGUCACAGUCACAUGAAGGUUUAUCUGAAGGACGCUCUUCCUGACAGGCUGCACUAUAAAAACAACGAAAGGACCCAACCGAUCAUUCUGGUGGCAGACGAAGGCUGGACGAUCGUCAAAGACGGCAGUCUUCCACGCUUGGGCGAUCACGGCUAUGACAAUACUCUUCCCAGCAUGCACCCCUUCCUGGCCGCCCAUGGGCCUGCGUUUCGUGCCGGCUACACAAUGUUGAGUUUGAACAACGUGGAUCUGUAUCCUCUCAUGUGUCACCUCAUUGGCAUCCCCCCGAUGCCCAACAACGGUAGUUUUGCCCGCGUGCGCUGUGUGUUAGCUCACGAGCAAUGUAGCGAGCUGGCGUUAGCGGUGGGCGCUGUCAUCGGCGUCUUGAUAAUCCUCACCACCUUCACCUGUCUCUUCAGACUGAUGAAGAACAGAGACGUUUCCUCUGCCCGUCCGUUUGCCCGUCUGGAAUUAGAUGAAGAUGACGAUGAUGAGCCUUUACUGGAAUGAUGGACGUCACACGUGUGUGUGUGUUUUUUUGUUUUUACAGAUGCAGGUACGGUCAGUUUCACUUCAUUCAAGCACAAAGAAAAAUCCACAAGGAAAUUCAAGUUGUGUCAUUUACUCACGAAAGGGUCACAGUGUGUAAAUCAUGACUGAAUAUUUCUUUUCAGUGCCACAAAUGGUACCAUGGUAACGAUCACAUUAAACGUUUAAGAGAGAAUUAACAACGGUUAUAGAGACAAAAAAUAAGAGCGUGAGAAGGAUAAAGGGAUUGGUAGAACACAACCACAAAAGUAUCUGUUCUCAUUUUCACUGCACUCGAUAAAACGUCCCCUUUGAACUUUAAAAGCUUUUAGUGCUUCCGUCUUAACUGAGUUGCCACACAAGUUCACUGGAUUACAAAUUUUCUCUGAAAAUAUUGUUUAAAAUAUAUUCCUUAUGAUCCGAGGCGCUUUUUCACAAGCAUGAGGCUGUUAACCGAGAUUUUAUAAUAUCACUGUGAGUAAAAUAUCGUUAUAAGCAUUUGCUUUGCAUCUAUAACUAUGCAGUUGUUUGUUACUGACGCUUUCCCUUCAUGCAAAUCUGAAAAAGAUCAUAAGCAAUAAUGAUAAGAAGCUUUACUCCACUGAGAAUACUUGAAAAUACUGUGUUGACCAGUCGCGACAUUGUAUCCGUCUUCAUUUGAAUAUUUAUUUCUUUGUUAAAGGCACAGAUUGUUUUGUUCGGGUUAGAGGGGCAUUUGCACGUUUAAAUCAAAAGCGAACACAGAUUUUAUUAUUCAAUGUAAUAUAUAUAUUAUAUUCAUCUGACAAAUCUCACAUUUCUGUAGGAUUUAAUGUAGUGUACAUCACUGUACGUUUGUAUUUGUUACAGUGGUUGGAAAAUCUGUUUGUUUUGCUUUACAAAGAAUAUUUAUUGAGAAUAAAUUAAGGGUAUUGUAUUUUCUAUUAAAUUAAGGUUAGAUGUGCUUUUCUAACUUAUUCUGCUGCUUUUAUUCGGGACUAAGAAAAUGAUGUUGCUUCUGAAUUUAUGCGAUAUGUUGUUAUUUUUUUAUAGUUUUAUGUAAAAAUCAAUUUCCUGCGGUUGUAUACAUUUAGCACUGAAGUUUGGGUUGAGUUUUAGUUACUGAUAUAAAGUAGAUUGUCCUCGUUUGUUCAGUAUUGGACAUUAAAGAUGUUUGUGGUCAUGACUCCACAGCUUGCUAGACCUUCAUUCGACUAUGCUAAGAAAAAAGUCAAAUGUUUUUUAUUCCCACAUUGCCUUCUUGUGUUUGUCAGCUGAAAAUGAAAUAAAAUAUCUAUUUGAGGUA